AUGAAUGCAUCGGAAUUCCUAAAGCAUAUCGGAUUGAGAUCUAGAUCUCAUCUCAGGUUCCCUGCCGAAGUUAGCGAGGCUCCGAUCCUUCCGACGAACGUUUUCCUGUAUGAUUUCAUUUGGAGAGGAUAUGGUGCAGUCACCAAUGAUGUUAAGAAUCAUGUACUCCGAUUUAAACAAUCAGUGCAGAAGUUUGUUGCCAUGUCUGAAAAUAUGGAUCCUGGAAAUCCAGUGAUGAUUGUGUGUGAUGAAAAGCUGAAGGAAUUAUUUGGUUGUGAGAGCAUUUCAGCAAUGGGAAUACCAGAGUUGUUGGUUAGACACCAUUUAUUCGAGCAAUAG